AUGAAUAAAUUCACCUCAGCUUACAAAGCACAACGGAGAAGCUCGAGACGGCGCCAGUGUGCCGUUAAACCCAGUAACCCUAAAACCCGGAGGCGGUCCAGUCAGGGAAUGUUCGAGAAACUUCCAGCUGAGGUGUUUGAUUUGGUAUUAGGCCACCUGUCAGCUGUAGAAGCCAGUGUUUUCAGUUUGGUAUCAAAAAGCAUCAGUAACUGCAUAGUGAGGCAUCUGUCCACUCCAGCCUGGAGGAACCAGAUGAUUUUUCAGAAGUUCCACUGCACAUCACCCAAAGCUGAACACUUGAACACAAUGCUUGAUCAUUUCAGAUCCCUUGGUUUACUGUUCAAGAGAUGCACUCUGUUACUACCAACCAAGGAAAGACUGAAGUUGAUUUACAACACAUUUUCACAGAUCCCCUGUUUCAUGAUCAAGCGAUGUGAUGCAGUACCUUUGUGCCAAGGUUUUUCUUGCUAUGGAGUGUUCUUGCAGACCCUAGUAGCUGGUUGGGAUGAGCUGGAAUGCCACCGUGUAUUUAACUUUUUCUGUAAAACCACACAUCUUCAGUGGAAAAUAGAGGCAGCUGUUACAAGCAAGCCAGGUACAUGCCACAGGUUGGAGCUGGAGGUCCGUGUUUUCUGCAGAUGUGUCAUGUUUGAUCGUUGGAAAAACAAUAGAGAUGCUCAUUUCUGGCUUGCGUGCAUCCUCAAACCGUGGCCAAUCAUCAGCCAAGCUCGUCUACUAUUUAUCCUCUUCGGCCCACUGCAGUCUGAUGGGAAACUAGGCUGGCAGGAUGUGCGGGAUGGUGCAGUUGUGCAUGGUGCUCUGUGGGAUUUGGCCAAGGCAAUUCUCCUCCUCUAUGGAAAUGCUGAUAAAUUCUGGGGCACUGACACAAUUCUUGCCAUCGUACAUGAGCUCAUGGUCAUGCCACAGCCAUGGCAUAUGGAGAACAUGGCACGUCUACUUAUCCUGUGUGGGAACAAUAUCUGCUACAAUGUGAUAGCUAGCAAGGCCAUCAAUGGCAGGCUUUUUGAGAUCUCCCGACUCCUAAUUUUUCUUAUUCUGGUGAGUGAGAAGGAUGGUUACUGCAUGAACUGGGUAGUUAAGAUGAUCCAGCAGGUGUAUCAGGUUUUCUCAGUGGCCUUGGAGAAGCGGACCUUCAUUGAGAGAAUGGAGAGUAUGUUCUCUGAAGUCACCAUGGAACUUGUUGAGCUUGUAAUGGCAGGUGAGAAGAGAGCCCAGGGACAUCAAAAUGGAGAGAUGGACACUGCAUUACGAAGUCUCAACAGCCUCUUGAUUGCAAAUGCCCGUUUUCACACAGAAAUUGUUUGUAUAUUCCUCAAGAACAAGUGA